GGUGAGAGUAAAAUAAAGCCUAGAAACGCACUCUUUUCCAAAGAAAGAAAAAGCCUUCAAACACAUUUUGAACAUAAAAAGGAAACAAAAAAUGAGGUGCAACCAUGUACGAUUGAACUGUGGCAUUACAAUGCCUCUCAUUGGAUUUGGCACUUAUUCCUUCCCAAAUGACAAGAAGACAACUGAAAUUGCAGUCCACAAUGCCCUUGAGGUGGGUUAUAGGCAUUUUGAUACAGCAAAAAUUUAUGGUUCUGAGCCAGCAUUAGGAAAAGCCUUAAAUGAGGCAAUCUACAUGGGAGAAGUAGGGAGGGAAGAAAUUUUCUUGACAUCCAAAUUGUGGGGGAGUGAUCACCAUGAUCCUGUUUCUGCAUUGAAACGAACUCUAGAGAAUUUGGGCAUGGAAUAUCUGGAUAUGUACUUAGUACACUGGCCAGUAAAGUUAAAACCAUGGGUUAAUUACCCUGUUCCUAGUGAAUAUGACUUUGAAAAAUUGGAUCUUGAGACAACAUGGGCAGGGAUGGAGAAAUGUGUUGAAAUGGGGUUGUGUAGGUGCAUUGGAGUUAGUAAUUUUUCUAGCAACAAGAUUGAGUGGUUAUCAGAUUUUGCUUCUACACCCCCAGCUGUUAAUCAGGUGGAAAUGCAUCCAAUGUGGAGGCAAAGAAAGCUCAGAAAGACAUGUGGGGACCACAAGAUCCAUGUAAGUGCCUAUUCACCACUUGGUGGACCAGGGAAUGCAUGGGGAUCUACAGCUGUUGUUAAUCAUCCAAUCAUUCAAUCAAUUGCUCUUAAGCACAAAGCAACUCCAGCACAGGUUGCGUUGAAAUGGGGACUAUCAAAGGGCUCAAGUGUGAUUGUGAAAAGCUUCAAUCAAGAAAGAAUGGAGGACAAUAUGGGAUCAUUUGAUAUAAAUUUGGAUUAUGAAGAUAUCUUGGAGAUUGAGAAAUUGGACAAAAUGAAGAUUAUGAGAGGGGAAUUUCUUGUUAAUGAAACAACAAGUCCCUACAAAACAAUUGAAGAACUUUGGGAUGGUGAAAUUUGAAGCUAUAGUCAAUGUUGUAAUUCAUUUGCUCUGAAAAAGAAAAAGGAAGAGAAUUUAAAAGAAAAAGAAAAAUAAAAAUCUCAAC